UUUACAGGUACAAAUGCUGUGUCAAGCACCAUUAAAAACGGCGGACCUUUUCCUCGAGCUUGUCCCAAGUGCAAUAUUCAUUUCAAUCUUAUGGAUCCUCUAAAAAAUCAUAUGAAGUAUUGUUGUCCAGACAUGGUAAAUAACUUCUUCCAGGAAAUGGCCAAAACAGAUUGUUUGAGCACAACAAGCAAGACUGCUGAAUCUGAGAAAGGAAAAUUGAUUAUGUUAGUUAACGACUUUUAUUAUGGGAAACAUGAAGGUGACACCCAGCAGGUACAACAGGAGCAGAAGACUCAUACAUCAUUUAAGUGCUUCAGUUGUCUGAAAGUUCUUAAAAAUAACAUCAGGUUUAUGAACCACAUGAAACAUCACUUGGAGCUUGAGAAGCAGAGCAGUGAAAGCUGGGAAAGCCACACCACCUGCCAGCACUGUUACCGUCAGUUUCCCACCCCAUUCCAGCUGCAGUGCCAUAUUGAAAGUACACACACGCCUUAUGAGUCAUCCACAAUUUGUAAAAUCUGUGAGUUAUCCUUCGAAACAGAGCAAGUUCUUUUGCAACAUAUGAAGGACAAUCAUAAGCCAGGUGAAAUGCCGUAUGUUUGCCAGGUAUGCAACUACAGAUCCUCAGCUUUUUCAGAUGUAGAAACACAUUUUAGAACAGUUCAUGAAAAUACAAAACACUUGCUGUGCCCGUUUUGCCUCAAAGUAAUUAAGAUUGGAGCACCGUAUAUGCAUCAUUACAUGAGGCAUCAAAAAAAAGGAAUAUACCGUUGCACUAAGUGCAGACUGCAAUUUUUGACAUGCAAGGAGAAGAUGGAUCACAAGACUCAGCAUCACCGAACAUUUAGGAAACCCAAACAGUUAGAAGGAUUGCCUCCUGGAACAAAGGUGACUAUUCGAGCAUCUAUUGGAUCUCUUCAAUCAGGGUCAUCACCUACAUCUUCCAUUAGUACGAGCACUUCCACAUUUCAGUUAUCACCUAAAGCAAAAAACACAACCACUAAAAAUAACAGAUCUAACAAGUCAAAAGCAAAAUCAAAACCAGCUACAACGAAGAAGCAAAAUGCAUGGACCAACAGCAGAAAAAAAAAAGAAGUUACAAAUACAGCAUUGCAUAAUCUCAGGUGUCGUGUGGGAGUUCACAAAUGCAUUGAGUGUUACUCAGAAAUAAAAGAUUUUGCAAGCCACUUUCCUGCCUAUGUCCACUGCAGCUUAUGCAGAUACAACACUAGCUGUAGCAAAGCCUAUGUGAAUCACAUGAUGAGUUUUCACAGUGCUCGUCCAAGUAAAAGGUUUUGGAUCUAUAAGAAGCAUUCUGGAGGUGUGACUGUAGUGUGUCUUAACUGUGAUUUCGUGACCGGUGUUUCUGGCUUAGAUAGCAUGGCCACCCAUCUCAGUGAAAGCCACUCUCAUACUUGUCAAGUUGUUAUAGAGAAAGUUUCUGUAGAUAUCCCAACUGCUGAACAAGUAUCUGAGAAACAAGAGCAUGACCCUUCACAUGAAACAAAAGAAUGCAAUAGGAAUCACACUCAAAAAGUUGCAUCAGUUGAAAAGAAAGAAGAAAACUCGUCACUGUCAAAUACAGGAAAUGUUCCUAGUUUGGAACUUGCUGACAACAGCUCUAAGAAUUCCUUGCAUGAGAAAGGAGCAUGUUGUGAUUCAGAUAAUAACAAACAAUUAGUAGAUGAGAAACAAAAAUGUAUUAAUGAGGGAAGUGAGUUGAAAACUUGCCAAAGUUCAGAUAAUGUUACCUUGAAUGAGCAGACUGAAGUACAUAGCUUGGAUGAAACUACACUUUCAGCAAUGAACGCCAGGGACUUAAAACUUACAUUGGGCCAAGAUGUUAGUUUUGAGCAGUUCUUAAGGAAAAGAGAUGAUCCUGAAUCCGUUAGUUCAGACAUUAGUGAACAAGGCAGUAUUCAUUUGGAGCCUUUGACUCCAUCAGAGGUACUAGAGCAUGAAGCUACUGAAAUUCUUCAAAAAGGUAAUGUUGCACCUUCAUCAAAGAAAGCCGGACAACUCUCUGAACAAACAGAGGAGAAUUCUAAAGAAAGCAGUCCCAACAGAAUGGAAACAACUGUAAACAAGACAGAGGAAAAUGAAGCAAGCUGA